CAUCUGAUGGGAAGCCCCAGGAAGAAGAUCAAUUAUCUGCAGCUAUCUGUUAUACCUUAUAUACGUUAUGCAUCAUCUAUCCGACUGACUUUGUUAAGCCAAGCGACCGCAGCUUUCCUUCCCCUUUCUGUUUUCAGGCUGUAAACCCAUUUCCCGCAACUGAAAACGUCCUUGCUAGUUUCAGAGGCAGUCAACCCGCCUGUCGAGUCUUGCACAGCGAACCGUAGAUGGCGCGCGCCCAACUCGGUGUUUUUAUUCGGUGGACAGGAGGAAACAGGGGCUCGCAGGGUGUCCCCACCACUCCUCCGUGAGAUGCGCCAAAGAGCUCACGGGAAGAGAGAGAGAGAGAGAGAAGAGGGUUGACAGUGGCGUCGCAUCGGUCAUUCUUCUACUCCAGAAUCCCUGAAAACUUAAAACGCAGAGGGGAGAUGGGAUCCUAUCUAUAACUGAGUACUUCAGCCCUCCAUUCAACUGUUCCUCUCCUCAUCCCUCCAUCCUGUCCUGUCCUGGUCCGGUGUGGUCCGGUGUGGUCUGGUGUGCAGCCUGAGGGAGCUGUGGUUCUGAUGAGAGCUCUGGAAGGUAAAGCCAGAGAGAGGAGCACAGAGGACCUGGUAUGACCAGCGCAGCAGACGGUGUAGGGAGCCUGGGGAGCCUGGGGAGCCUGCGGGUGGAGCAUCACCUCAGUGUCCAUGACCACGUGGUGAACGACCACGGAGCCUGGGCCACCGCCAUGAACAACCUGGGCAUCGUACCCAUGGGCCUCAGAGGGCAGCAACUGGUCUCAGAUUCUCUCUGUAUCCAGGGCUUUGACCCAGGUUUGAGUCUCCUAGGUCCCAUCAACCCCAUGAUAGCAGGUAUCAGCCUGGUCCCUCCUCCCCCUGGUCCCCCUGAGAUGCCCAUCAUCAAGGAGAUCAUCCACUGCCAGAGCUGCACCCUGUUCCCUCAGAACCCCAACCUGCCUCCUCCAUCAACACGUGAGCGGCCCCCAGGGUGUAAGACGGUGUUUGUGGGGGGUCUGCCGGAGAAUGCCAGCGAGGAGAUCAUCAGGGAGGUGUUUGAUCAGUGUGGUGAGAUCAUCGCUAUCAGGAAGAGCAAGAAAAACUUCUGUCACAUUCGCUUCAGUGAGGAGUUCAUGGUGGAUAAGUCCCUCUACCUCUCUGGCUACCGGAUGCGUAUCGGCUCCAGUACAGAUAAGAAGGACUCAGGGAGGAUGCACGUGGACUUUGCUCAGGCCAGAGACGACCUGUAUGAGUGGGAAUGUCAACAGAGGCUGCUGGCCAGGGAGGAACGACACCGACGCAAGAUCCACGAAGACUUCCUCCGUCCGCCCUCGCCACCUCCCAUCAUGCAUUUCUCCGAGCAUGAGGCGGGACAGCUGGCGGAGAGAUUGAAAGAUGACCAUAAGUUCAGUGAGGCGACUGCAGUCCUGUUCACGUGGAUUGACCGUGGUGAGGUCAACCGGCGGUCGGCCAAUAACUUCUAUUCUAUGAUCCAGUCGGCCAAUAGCCACGUCCGGAGGCUGAUGAGUGAGAAGGCCCAGCACGAGGAGGAGAUGGAGCUAGCCAAGGAGACGUUUAAAAAUGCCCUGCUGGCCAUAUUGACUCAGUUCGAGCAGAUCACGGCUGUGUUCACCGCUGCCUCCAGGCAGAAGGCAUGGGACCAUUUCUCUAAAGCGCAGCGCAAGAACAUAGACAUUUGGAGAAAGCAGUGUGAGGAGCUGAGGAAUGCCCACAGUGAGGAGAUCAUGGGGAUUCGCCGGGAGGAGGAGAUGGAGAUGUCUGACGACGACUCGGAUGAGAGCCCCUGUAAGAAGAUACGCAUGGAGGAAAAUGGUGUGUGUGGCCAGUCUGGGGCCUCUCUGAGGGAGGAGAAUGACUCUCUGCGUUGGCAGCUGGACGCCUACAGGAAUGAGGUGGAGCUGCUGAGGAAGGAGCAAGGCAAGGCUUGCCGCCCUGACGACCCUGAACACUUCCCCGACACACACACACACCUGCUUCAGCAGAGCAUGCACAACAUGCAACAGCAACUGCUGAGUCUGCAGGAGCAGCUGAGGAGUAAGGAGGUGGUGCUGGAGCAGGCUAGAGACGAACACAGAUACCUGCAGGGAGAAGUCCUAGCCCUGAGAGACAAGAUGCUGACUAAUGGGGAUGUAGUGGAGGGGAACAACGGAGAAACACCUGAGAAGGUGGUGAACGGGUGUGUGACCACUCUGUACCGCAGCAGAGACCGGAGGAGCGAAGCAGCCAUGAGAGGAGCCCUCACAUCAGAGAGAGAGGCUCUGCUACUGGGCAUCAUAUCUACCUUCCUCCAUGUCCACCCGUUUGGAGCCAACAUCGACUAUCUGUGGUCCUACAUUCAGAGACUGGACACUACGGUGUCAGCGGGGGAGUUGGAGUCUCUGAUGGGUCGUUUGCCAAGUGUCUUCAGACAGGAGCUGAGUGGAGUGGGAGCCACGCUGGAGAAACGAUGGAACUUCUGUGGCUUCCAGAGCCUCAGCUCCGUGUGACACAGGGACCCACACACACACACUGUAUGGAACAGGACACACACACAUCGGAUGACCCAGGACACACACAUGGCCUGAAAAACCAUAUGUGGGACAGAAACAUGCACACUUCCUGACCAGCCUCAAAACCUGGUGGACACAUGAAUAGAAGGCGUGUCAAAUCCACAGACUGUUCGAACGGUGUGUGUGUGUGUAUGUUGCGUAUCCACAGACAUCCACAGUGCAUAGUGAUAAUACUCUAACAGACACGGGACAAGAACAAAAGCUACAAGAUCCCCUGAUGGAUCUUCCAGAGUUAUAUCGUUGCAAGGGAUCUGCUGACAGAGGCAGAAGGAUCCAUAUGGAUCUUUCAGAGUUAUAUCUUUGCAAGGGAUCUGCUGACACUGAGGCAGAGGGAUCCAUAUGGAUCUUUCAGAGUUAUAUCUUUGCAAGGGAUCUGCUGACAGAGGCAGAGGGAUCCAUAUAGAUCUUUCAGAGUUAUAUCUUUGCAAGGGAUCUGCUGACACUGAGGCAGAGGGAUCCAUAUGGAUCUUUCAGAGUUAUAUCUUUGCAAGGGAUCUGCUGACACUGAGGCAGAGGAAUCCACAUGGAUCUUUCAGAGUUAUAUCUUUGCAAGGGAUCUGCUGACACUGAGGCAGAGGGAUCCAUAUGGAUCUUUCAGAGUUAUAUCUUUGCAAGGGAUCUGCUGACACUGAGGCAGAGGGAUCCAUAUGGAUCUUUCAGAGUUAUAUCUUUGCAAGGGAUCUGCUGACAGAGGCAGAGGGAUCCAUAUGGAUCUUUCAGAGUUAUAUCUUUGCAAGGGAUCUGCUGACACUGAGGCAGAGGGAUCCAUAUAGAUCGUUCAGAGUUAUAUCUUUGCAAGGGAUCUGCUGACACUGAGGCAGAGGGAUCCAUAUGGAUCUUUCAGAGUUAUAUCUUUGCAAGGGAUCUGCUGACACUGAGGCAGAGGAAUCCACAUGGAUCUUUACUUGAUGCUGUAUAACUAAAUCCACUGAUGUCAGCCAAAGUGGACACAGAGCAGACCUUCUCUAUGGUAAUGUAGUGACCCGACCCCAGCCAACAGAACAGAAGGUUCUUAGUCCUAACGUCUCUCUCUAAUGGACUGGAAUAGUUUGAGAUGCCUCUCUCUGUUCCCUCUCUCUGAUUUUAGACUCUCCCUCCCUCUGUUCCCUCUCUCUCUCUCUCUGUAUCCUCUCUCUCUUCUGUUCCCUCUCUGUUCCCUCUCUCUCUUUGUUCUCUCUCU